AUGGACCGCUUGCGCGGGCACCUGCACGGCGGGAAUUCCCCGCUCGUGGCCGGCCCCCUGUGCCACUUCACGGAGAACCACGACGAGCCCCGGGCCGCCCGGCAUUUCGGGGCGAGGGCCGCCGCCGCGGCCGUGCUCGCCCUCUCGCUGCCGGGGCCCCGCAUGGUGAUGUGGGGCCAGGAGUCCGGCCUCAAGGAGCGGCUGGCGGUGCACCUCCGGCGCGCCGCCCCGGAGCAGGCCGACGGCGGCGCCGCGGAGUUCUACUCGAGGCUCCUGGGCGUCCUCCCCCGCUGCCGCGGCGCCUGGGCCCCGCUCGCGGUGGGCGGCGGGGACUCCUGGCGGUUCCUGGCGUGGUCCUGGCGCGGCGACUCCGCCGUGGUCAUCGUGGUGUGCAACUUUACUGACGGCGACGCCUGGGCCAAUGUGCACGCUGGCGAGGUGCUCGCCCAGUGCAGCGUCUCAGGUGGGCGGGUCCAGCUGGCAGACGCCCUCAGCGGGACGGUCUACGACCGGAGCAUGGACGACUUGCGGGGCCCCGAGGGGCUGGUGGUGGGGCUGCAGGCGUACGCGGCGCACGUGCUCGUGUGCCAGCGCUGA